GUUCAGAACAUCUUAGAGCUCAUGACAUUCCUUUUGCUGUCUUUGGGCUGGAAGGUGUUGAGAAGCAGCUUAGACGUGUCCGAAAUCCGCUUCGCCGUGGCCGUUUCGAUCAUCUCCUUCUACUUAGGUGUGUUCCAGGUGGCCUGCACAACGACAGCCACGUGUUCGGGAUAUCAGCUUAGCCGGUAUAUCCUGCACUCUCUUUGCUUCCUGGUGGUCAUCGUGGCCAUGAACUUCAACCUUCAGAAGCUGGUUUCUGCCAUCGCAGAAGCACCGGCAUCUCUGGAGAGUGGGAAGUUGUAUCGGAAGCUCAGCGCGUACUACAUCUUCAGAUGGGUCUUCCUGGCCUUCAUCAUUGCACCGACUGUGGAGCUCUUCCUGAAGGUUACGGUGGUUCCUUGGGAUGCGCUAUGGCUUUACAUUGCUAUCCAGGAGCUGCGAACGUGGGGCAUCUACGCGCUGCUUGUCCACGCCUUUAGGAUGGAACCUGCCUCGCCUAGAGUGUUUGAGCUGAUCCAUGACGUCGUCAGUCCGCGGGACGGCGACGCUGGGAACGACGCUCUUAGCGAGGUAGCCUCUGAUGAAGACGACGUGCCCGCACCCCCCUGGGCAUGA